AUGACCAUUUUCUUGGCCACUAUCCUCACGUUGUUAACGCUAAUCGGUGGCGUGUUGGCUGUGGACGUGCCACGAACACCCGUUGAUCAGCGUGUGGCCGCUGUGCGGGAUAUCCUUACGCAUCUCGAAGGCGCUCGCCGUUUAUUGCUUCUCGUCUGUUGGCCACCGACCAUCCGUUAUCAGCUUUGGCGAGAGAUCAACGCUGGCCGUAUCCCCAUGGAGUUACAAUUCGCCACCGUCGAUUCGAACAAUCUUCCGUGGCACGACCCAGAUCGCCACCUGGUGGUCGUGGUAGCUGAUUUGGCCUGCGCUGGAACCGACCGUUUACUACAGCAAUCCGGCCAUCUCCUGUACUACCGACUCCGGUGGGUCAUCCUGCACUCUGAAGGAGCCGCGGUACGUUCGGCGAAGGGUUGGAAAAACUGUUCCGAGUAUUCAACCUUGGACGAUCUGUCGUUGUUGGUUAGCAAUGAGGUGUACUAUUUCUGCACCGAUCCCUUCACUGGCCAGCAUUUGGUGCGGCAGCAGUAUCGCUUAUCUCGGACCGGUCCAAUCACCGUCGAAACGGUUGGUCCUUGGGAACCCACAAAAGGUGUCGUUAUCGCGGGUCCACGUGCCGUGACGUAUGCUAGGCGAAGGAAUUUCAACCAAUUCCAACUCCGCGCUGCCAUGGUUCUUAUGCGUAACGAAUCGUUGAAGCAUUUGAACGAUUAUAGCAACAAACAUCUGGAUGGACUGUCACGUGUUUCCUAUCCGAUAACAAAAGCGGUUGGCUUUCACCUUAAUGCGUCCAUACAUUUCUACAUCGUUGAUAGUUGGGGCUAUCGCAACACCACUACAGGCCUCUUCACAGGUAUGAUCGGCGAACUGCAGGCCCACAGAGCCGAUAUCGGAGCAACCCCGGCGUUCUUCACACCAGAUCGGAUUCCGGUUAUCGAUUAUAUCGCAAUGAUUGUCCCUACGAAGGCAAGCUUCUUGUUUCGGGCACCGAAACUCUCCUACACGGACAACGUGUUCGUUUUACCAUUCGAACGAUACGUGUGGUACAGCACCCUAAGCUUCAUCGUGGUGUCUGCACUCCUGAUGGCGUUAGUGCUUCACUUCGAACAACGAUACACCGGGCGGCCAGAGCCACUGGCAGCUCAGCAUUCUUUUGGCCUGUCGGACACGAUGCUCAACUCGUUCGGAACCACCUGCCAGCAAGGAUCGUUCAUCGAGCCGAAAAGGGCUGCCUCACGGUGUUUGCUCCUGAUCUGCCUGGUACUGCUGAUGUUUCUGUACGCCAGCUACUCGGCCAACAUUGUCGCCAUGAUUCAAUCGCCCUCAACGAAGAUACAAACGACGCAGGACUUGUUGGAUUCACGUAUAAAAGUCGGUUCCGACGAUACGAUCUACAAUCGCUACUACUUUCGUCAUGCUACUGAACCGGUUUUCAAGGGAAUGUACGAGCGUAAGCUAAAGAACAAAGACGGAACAGAGAAGUUCCUGUCACCGGUCCACGGUAUCUCGAUGGUGCGCGAAGGAUUGUAUGCAUUCCACGGUGAGCAGAGUACCAGCUACCUCCUGAUCAGCGAUUUAUUCCAGGAAGGUGAAAAGUGUGACAUAGAAGAAGUGCCAUCGUACAAAUCGAUCGACCCCUACUACGCGGUACAGAAGAACACGAGUUUCCGCGAAUCGGUGCGCAUAGCUUUGUUCAAGCUGCGCGAAUUUGGCAUUCAGGGACGGGAGUACUCGCUACUCUACACCAAGAAGCCUCGCUGUUCCGGUGCCACAAGCUUUGUACCAAUUUCGAUCGUGGAUAUCUGGCCAGCGCUGGCAUCACUUGGUUGGGGCUAUCUCUUCGCCAUCGUAUUAUUGGGAACCGAAAAGCUGUGGUCUCGAGCGGGCUUCGGGGUCCGUUUACCUAUUACGUCUUAUUGGUUCAGUAUAAAAACAGGGUAA